UCCCCGCCUUUGAUCAAUAUCGCAACCUUUCUUUUCCAAAUUCCUUCUUUCCCUCACCCAUAUGCCUUGUCAAAGCGUUUCCCUCUCCAACCCAAGACAUUACAUAUCAAAGGCUUUAAGUAUAUCCGCCGAAUAUGUCUUCUUUACCACCCGGAUGGACUGAAGAGCGACUUCGAACCAUAACCGAGGAUGACUUGCGUCAAAUACCGGAGGAGCAAAUCCGCCAAAUUGAUUUAAAUUUGAUCCCCUUCGACAAUGUUCGAGCUCGCACAAUCAUUUCAUUUGCAAAAUUGUUCGAGGAACAAAGAUCAAGUCGCGCGAGAAAGGGCAUGCCCCCUGCCCCUCCAAAAGAUAUAUUUAAGAUACCCGAUGAUGCAGUCAUCCAGGUCGUGGAAGAGAAUGGAUUCGAUGACUUCGGUUUCAUUACUUUCCGAACAGAUUACUCAGAUGAUGAACGCUGGGAUAAAUGGGAUGCAGAGUAUGAUCGCCUAAUAGAUUUGUCGAUCGAAAGGUCCGCUGGCGGUCAGAAGAUUAUGGAUAAAUGCUUGAUGCCUCGCUUUGAGGAUCCGGAAUUACAUGGUGCUACUCAUCAGCAGAUACAACAAUCAUACUAUGGGUACAUAGAAACUGAGGGCUUGGCUCCGGGAUUAGAUGUGGGCCUAUGUCUGGUUGCUGAUACUGCCGCUGUAGAGUCCAUGAACAGUGACCUGCCAUGGGUGUAUGCUUUGGAUAUGAAUUUUGAUCAUUCGAGUGAAGUAGAAGAGGGGGAAUACCCAGGGUAUUUCCGAGUUGCUGUGGUCUCGGUGAUCCCAGAGCUUUAUCCCAUCCUUACAGCUAUGCCACCCGCGGAGCUUUGGUCCCAGGGGGAUGAGAUAUGGCAGUCAGCCGUUUAGUCAGGAACUGUUGGUAUUAUAAACUAAACAGGACUGUUGAAAACAUAUUCUAGUAGGGAAAUCUUUACAACAGGUGUGAUAGGAUCUACUUGUCAAGGUAGAAAACCUGUUAACUAGGUAUGGAAUCAGCCAUUAACGUAAUCAACGGUUGGAUGGCCCACACGGUUGGGCGGCCCAUCUGGUUAUCCAUAUAAAAGAUGCUUUUUUAAAUCUAUUAUAUCUUAACCAAUACUCAAGUUAAUCAGUUGUCACUAUAUAUAUAGAUACUAUAUAUUCUGAU